AUGCCAUUCCCAAGUCCCGGCGCAGAUCUAACGAUAACACGGCUAUCUGUUGGCGCUCAAGCUCUCAUCGCAAAGCAACCUAAUCGGACCUAUGCAUUUUCGAGAUUCCCUAACGAAGGCCCACGAUUCGUACGUAGGCCGGGUGGUGCUCAGAGCCAUAGGAGUUCUAGAGCUGCUUGUGCUGCAGAAGUGGAGGGACCAGUACAGCCACCCGGCGCUAGUGCAGGCACUGGCAAGGACGGCGCGGUUGUCUCGCAAGAACUGUUCACACCGGUGAACAUUCCACAUGAUCCUGAAGGCGUGCUCUCUAAGGAAAACGACCCCAAUCUGGUAGAUGUCCUCGGACAGAGGGCUUUGGUUGUCACGAGGGAGGUCGAAAUGUUGAAGUGGGUGGCGAACGAGACCAUUUUACACAUCUUUCUCGGCUUUGAGCAGGCAAAUCGAUACGCUCUUCUCUCCCCCACCGGCCAGCCAAUCGGAUACCUCGCCGAAGAAGAGCCCGGCAUCCUCGGCGGCAGUCUCCGGCGGCAGCUCCUGCGAACACAUCGCCCCUUCACCGCGACGCUCCUGUCCACAUCGGGCCAGCCGCUGUUGCUCUUCAAACGCAACUUUACGCUGGUCAACAGCACUGUCCAGGUCUUCCGCUUGGACCCGUCCUGGGACGGCUCCGGGUACGGAUCGCGCGCCGGCCAGGAAGGCGAGGGCAUGAAGCUCAUCGGAGAGUCGCAGCAGGUGUGGCACCCUUGGCGCAGAAAGUACGACCUUUUCGUCAAUCGGCCCGCCGAAGAAACUGCACAGUCAGCGUUUGAGCAGUUCGCCAGAGUGGACUCGGGCCUGCUCGCUUGGGACUUUGUCAUGCAAGAUCAGGAUGAGAGGCUUAUAGGAACGAUCAACCGCAACUUUAGAGGAUUUGGCCGCGAACUUUUCACCGACACGGGCCAGUAUGUGCUGCGCUUCGACUCGGUGGCGCAGGAUGAGCUACCUAUCGCACGAAUCUCCCAAGCCGUCGAUUCAGGACAUCCUCGCAGUGAUGAUGGAAUAGGGCAGGAGAUCGUACCUUCGAACGAAUCGACUCGCGUCUUGACGCUUGAUGAACGUGCCGUAUCGCUCGCCACGGCGGUGUCGAUCGAUUUCGACUAUUUCUCGCGACACUCGCGCGGCGGAUCCGGUGGCAUGUUUCCCUUUUUCUGGUGGGGCAGCUCGACUCCUAGUGAAGUGGAAGGCGGACAACCUGCUCCCGCCCCUGGUGCUGGUAAUAGUGGCCAGGAUUCACGCGGCAUCGUAGAGACACCCGGUGCCCCAGGUCAAGAUGCAGGUGGUCUCGUUGGCGGUGGUGACAUUGGCGUUGGAUAUGGUAUGAUGGGUGGCGGCAGGACAGGCGGCGAAGGGCCAAGCGGAGCUGCUGGCUCUGGUGUGCCUGCCGCUGAUUCGGGUGUUUAUCCUCUACCUCAAGAACCUGGAUCAUACGGGCAAGAACAACCGUAUCAUGGAGGUGGCUGGGACGCGCAACAUCCGCCACAAGGCGGCAUGGACGGCUGGACGCCAGGCCCUCAUGAGGGCAUUGGUGGGGAAGAGGUGUGGGGCGGCGAGGAGCCGUGGUCGGAGUCUCCAGGCUUUGGGGGUAGCGGCGAAAGCGAUGGAGGCGGUGGGGGUCUGUUUCAAGUCCUCUGGAACGUGUUUGGAGGAGACAAUUGA